AUGAGUCUAAUGUUAUCGUUUUCCUGGCGCCAGGCCUCAUGUAAUCUGCUCAGCUAUCCUCGAUUCCUCCUCUGCAGAUUUUCUGUUCCGUCGGGAAACAAUCCUGAGAGCCAUGAAUCCAUAGUUGCCGAGUUUUUGGAGAAGAUCCCGCAACAUAAGUCGCUAGGGUCGCUUCUCACAUCUUCUUCUUCUGUUUCACUCUCUCAAAUCACACGGCGGCUGGGAUCUUACUUGCUUGCACUGUCAUUCUUGGAAUUCCUGAACGCAAAAUCUCAGUCUGGAGAAUACCUCGUCUCCUUAGUGAUUCAGUCUGUUAUCGAAUUCGCUGGCAGUGAACCUGACGCAAGAAAAAAACCUCUCCGGCUCUACGAGAUUGCCAAAGAAAAGAACAUCCAGAUUGUUUGGACGUAUGGGCAUGGUCUUGUUCAGAACAGACGUGUGGAUGAUGGCUUUCAGGUGCUCGAGGAAAUGCUUCAAAAAGGUUCGGUUUUUCCUCCUAAUAGGAUCACGCUUGAUAUCGUUUUAAGUGAGGUUUGGAAGGGAAGGCGUCACACGGGAGAUGAGAUUGCUACGCUGAUUCUGAGAUUUAGCUCUCAUAGCCUCUUCCCCAACACGGUUUGGUUGACUCGGUUUUUAUCGAGUAUGUGCAGAAGAACUUCUCGCACCGAUGAAGUGUGGAAGGUCUUGAGCGAACUGAUGAAGAACAAAGCGCCGCUUGAAGCUCCUCCAUUCAAUGCUCUAUUGACAUGCUUAGCAAGGAAUAGGGAAAUUGUGGGAUGA